AUGAACACAUUCCAACGACUCAGCCAUCUCCAGAUGUAUCUCCUUCUUCGCAGCAAGAACGUCAAGGCUUCUAAUGUUAUUCACCGAGCAUACCUAGCUAGUCAUGGCUAUCACACCACACGCACUGCAUCCUCAAAUCUUGCCAUCGCCUACAAACAAGAAAAUGAUCAGUAUUCCGACGAGGAUAUACAUGAAGAGGAGACUAGAAAGCCCGCACGUCCCAUCUCGAGGUUUGAUAAGCCUCUAGGUCAAUUGAAGGAUUUCCACCCAAAUCCCGAAAAAUUGACCAGAAAGCCCGCAGCUCCCAUCUCGAGGUUUGAUAAGCAGCCUCCAGGUCAAUUCAUGGAUCUCUACUCAAAUCCGGAUAAGGUCCGUUUGCCAAGAAAGGCUUUUGCCGGGAGUAAAACAAUGCCUUUCAUUAUGCAUGUGAAGAGUGACAUCCGAGUUCUGCUCGAACAGAAUGCCCCAUAUCUUGACUGGAGGCCGUAUCACGCAGCGGCCGAGGUUUUCGCUCCACGGCAGAAUAACUACGUUCUUAAUAACCACAUCAAUUGGAAUAACUUACCUUAUGAUCCCUACUUCAAACUAACCUUUCCUCAGCCGGAGAUGCUCCGACCAGAAAUGCUUCAUUUGCUACUUGACAAGAAGAUGAGCCGAAUGGAGAAACAGGUUGCCGUCAAGGCUUACCAGGAGGGAUUGAAUGCACACCCGGCUGGGCAGCAGACCAUGAAUGUCCCAAUGAUGGAUGGGAGAAAAUUAGAAGGGAUCCAGCACAAGUACAGAGAGACCAUGCUCUUUUUUCCUGCGGAGGCCCAAAUAUGCCAUACAAAUUGCUCUUAUUGCUUUCGAUGGCCACAAUUUACCAGUGUUGGCGGACCAGACAGAUUCAGUUCUCAACAAGCAUCUGACCUGCUUGAAUAUAUCAAGCGCCACAAAGACAUCACAGAUCUUCUCAUCACGGGAGGUGAUGCAAUGGUUGCUAAAGCCGAGGCACUCUCCAAAUACAUCGACCCUUUGCUGAAUAACCCAGAAACAGAGCAUUUACAGACGAUUAGAUUUGGAACCAAAUCUUUGGCGUUUUGGCCAUACAAAUUUACUGAAGACGACGAUGCUGUUCCUAUGCUUGAACUUUUCAAAAAAAUUAAAGCUUCAAGAAAAUGUGUUUCUAUUCAAGCUCACUUCACCCAUCCGAUUGAGCUGAAGACCAAAGUUGUUCAAGAAGCCAUUGCAAAUAUUCAAGCUACUGGCGCAAUAAUCCGAACACAAUCUCCUAUUGUUCGAGGAAUAAAUGAUAGUACGGAAUGUUGGACAGAGAUGUUGAACCUUCAAACUCGACUUGGCCUUGCCCCAUAUUACAUGUUCAUGGAGCGUGAUACUGGAGCCAAGGAGUAUUUCCAGGUUCCUAUUCAGCGUGCCCUUGACAUAUUCCACAAAACGGUCAAGGCAGUGCCUGGAACCGCUAAGACUAUUCGUGGGCCUGUUAUGUCCGCAGGUCCUGGGAAGAUACAUAUUCUUGGGACGUCCGAGGUUGGAUCAGAGAAAGAAAAAGUUUUCGUGCUGAGAUUCGUUCAAGCAAGAAACCCAGAUUGGUGUGAUGCCGACAAGGUCUUUUAUGCAGAAUACGAUCCUGAGGCUUGCUGGUUGAGCGACCUCAAACCUGCUUCUGGUGAGAAGGAGUGGUUCUGGGAAGCAGAAUAUCGGGAAAUGGAGAAGAACAAUGAUGGCGGCUCCAGUGGUCAGCGUCUCCAAAGUCAGAAGUGA